AUGUAUUUCAUACCAUCAAUACCAUAUAGAGAGGAACCUUAUCCUCCAUACUGGGGUACAAUUAACUCGCAAACUAAUUUCUGCGAAGAGGUAUGCAAACCCUCUAUUUUUGAUGAUACAAGUUAUACAUCAAUCAUCUACUACGCCUACAAAGGAAUCCGCGCCAACACCAACCGACAAGACGCCAUUAUCCGAAAUCUCCCCUAUCUCGGACUCGCAGGAGUAGGUAUCCUCAGUGCACUUUUCCAUUCCACGAACAAGUACUGGACACAAUGGUUCGACGACACCUCCAUGUUAAUCGCCACAUCCACCGUCGUACAUCGCGUAUUCACUUAUGAUAAAUCAUUCAAAUAUACUGUUAUCUACGGAUCUUCUUUAUUUAUAUUCAUGGUUGCGUUUAUAGCUUGGCAUUGUAUUACUGAUGAGACUUUAAUCCAUCCUAUUCUUUUCGGUAUCGAAAUAGCAUUUGUAGGUAUCAAAACACGCAGUAUUAUUAAUCUCCGCGUGGCAGAUAAAUUAGUACAGAAACAAGUCAAGAAAUUAGUUACAUAUGGUGGUGUAAUCUUCAUAACCGGCUUCAUCCUCUGGAACAUCGACAAUACAUUCUGUGCCUCCCUCACACAAACCAAACGUUCCAUAGAAGCAGGCCAAGAGUUAGGAAAAAAUUUCGCGUGGCCUGUGGGUAUGAUUUCGGGGGGUGGAAAGACGCAUCUUAUUAUAGAUGAUAGGGUUGGAGAUAUUGAUGGGGUGAUGGAGCUUGGGAAAGGGAAAGGGGGGAGGAGUGAUGGAUUGGGGUUAACGUUGAGGGAUGGAUUUUUGGAUGGGGCUGGGGGUGGGAAUGGGAAUGGGAAGGAUGCUUAUGAGUUGAUUCAUGGGAGGAAGAAAAGUGAGUAG